CGCUGCGAGGGCGUCCGAGGGCAAUGCCGUGAGGUCGAGCGACAAUCGGGUCGCUGGCGUAAUCGCGGGCUCGAUGCGAUGCAAUCGAGUAACGAUGCCGGGGAAGGGAGACCUAUUCAAAAGAGAGACUUGUCAGCAUGGCUGCCCUCGAACGCGGCGAAGACAACGGGGUCGGCGGUGGUGUGAAGGGAGCAGGGCACAGGCGCAGAAAAGAGAGGCUGGCAGAGAAAGAAAGUUGGUGGAGAGAGGCCCGCAUGCUGCGCGCCAAGCCGCUUACCGGGAUCUCCUUGCACAAAGCGCCCGUGCUUUGUUAGUCUGAACACCCCAAAAGCGGAAUGCACGGGUGCGUCGGCCACAAUGCCCACCUGGGCACCGCCUGUUCCACGGCUCCCUCGACGCGUCCGACAGCGGGCAGACGUGAGGCUGGCGGGUGUCGGGGCUGUUGGAAAGACAGGCGCUCUUCUUCGCCCGAUCAGCUGUGCGAGUGUCGAGUAUUACAAGUCGAUAUCGGUGCAAGCCCCUCUCGUCAUGACGUGCAUGAACAAGACAGCACAAUUCGGCAGGUCGUCGGCCCACCGAGGGCGCUGGCGAGCGGGAGUGGUGUACAAACGCGGUGUGAUUUGCGACUGGUGUGCAGCUUCAGAAGACUCCCGUUGCACUAUCCGCGCAAAUCCGGCUCUGCCUCGGCGACAGGUGAAAGCGAUAGUGUGGGUAGGGAAUCUAGAGUCUAAAGCGAAUGGCAGCCGACGCGCGGGACGACAGAGAAACGAAGGGAAGAAAGCGAGUGUAGGGAGAAAGCAACAAACAAGUCGAAAGCAGGUCGAAAGCAGGACGGGAAUCGGGCGCGGACGCGGUGAUAUGUGGCCGUGGUGA